GACGACAUAUGGCGCUAAUGUCUCGGGGUCACGCGUAUAGGGUCCAUCUCCGGGUGUGAAUGGCUCGUCUUCUUCGCCCAAGCCGAAGCAGGCUGAAGGUGCAGCGUCCCCUCAGACGCAAGGCCCUCCCAACCCAUUCUUCGGGACGCGCAUUCCUAAGAAGGCUCCUCCUGUGCACAUUAAGGACGAUUUCAACCCCUUCAAGUACAACAAGGUCGUCGACGCUGCGCAAGUUGCUCCAACAUGGCCAUACAGCGGCAAGCGGUACAUGCAGAUGUUCCCUCCAUUGCAGGCCCAGCCUCAGCAGCAGUCGCCGCCCAUGGCACAUCAUCCUCCACCGCAGAUGCCGCCGCAAUCAUACGAGGAAGACACAGCCGCGCAAGCCGCCGCCGCUCGUGGAUACGUUUAUGCUUACCCGCCUUACGCUUACCCUGGACAGGUGCAUUGCAUGUAGUAUCAGGGCAGAGAAGAUGUACUGAUGGCAUGUGUCCUUUGCAGUAUCCUCAGCCGAUGAUGCCAGGCAUGGCACCGCCACCGCCUGGCGCAUAUAUGCCUGCCCCUCCUCCGUUCAUGCAGCCUAUGCCAUAUCCCAUGCCCCCUAACGCCAUGUAUCCUGCCGGGCCCAUGGGCCAGAUGCCCCCACCACAAGCUUACAUGCAACAAGCUCCGCCCCCUGGAGCAUAUCCUGUACCUCCGAACGGCGCAGGCCCACGACCGUCCAUGCCUCCGACUCCCAUCCCAUCACACGCCCAUCCAUACUACCAACAGAGCCCUCAAAUGCAACAUGCUGUGCCAUAUCCGAUGAUGAUGCCGCCUCCUGGCCCACAGCCCCAUCCAUACGACGGCUCGCAGGCUCCGCCUGUGCCCAUGGGCGGUGUUGGUCACGCUUGAGACGUAUCCCAUCAGUAUUGUUCGGACCUUUGCUGUCCGUCCGGAGUGGAAGAGCAUUGCGCCGUGCGCGAAGGAGCUGCAGGCUUUCGGUGUGGAUCGAGCCGGAAGGUCCUGUCGCGGUGGUAGUCAUGUUCGAGUUGUCUUCGGCUUUCGUGUUGU